AGGAGCGUCCAGACGGGCGCCUGGUUCUCGUACCAGAACAAGGCGCGCCCUUUGAAGAAAGAAACUGUCGCGGUAGAGUCAUGGUGGGGCCCGGCCCCGCUGCCAGCGCAGCCGCGGAAGAACGGUGGCAGAAGCUCCAGGAGUACCUGGCAGCCAAGGGAAAGCUGAAGGACCCCAACACCAAGCCUUAUCUAAAAGCCAAGACUAUCUGCCCCAAACCGCCAUCUUCUAAAUAUACUCCUGGACCUAAAAAAGAUGUUUCCAAUCAUGUCGUUCUGCCUAGCAAAACUACAAGACCCAUCAACAUUAAAUUCCAGACUAAACCAGCCAGUAGCACAGGCUCCCAGAGGCCAGAGGGGAAGCCACCAAACCUUCCAAGCAAAGGGCUCACGUCAAGAUGUUUUUCUUCUAAUUCAGACUAUAAGCAGUCCAGUAAGCCUCUGCAGCAACGUAAAGCUGUGCCAUCCACUGCAGGGCUGUCAAGGAAACCCGGGCAGUCCCCUGAUACACAGGAACUAAAAACCAAAAAGCAACAGGAAACACAUCGAGGAAAUGCUAAAUGUACAGAUCCCGUGGCUAAUACCCAUGCUGAAAAUCAAUCUUUGGAUGGCUUUCUAGAUGAAACGAACAAAGAAAACUUGCCCCAAACCUUGCUAAAACCUGAGAAGCCAGAUCCUGACUUACAUUCUAUAAAAAAGCCAAAUACUGGCUCUUCUAGUCAAACUCAGAGAAGUCUGGCUCCUAAACAGACCUUGAGCAAAAGUUCAGUUACUCAUACUGCUCUGAAAGACAGAGCCGACAAACAGUUCACUAGAAGCACGCAAAUCAGAGCUCAGCCGGCGAAGUCGCAGCGACUCCCUACAGUGGCAGAUUCUGCACGACCAAGAGAAAAACCCCCACAAACAGCUCCCUCUAAUAAUAAAACUCAGACAUCAAAGAAACCAGUAGUCAAGAACACACAGGACAUAACGGUUAACAGGGCUAGAUAUGGAAAACCAAGUGAAACUAAGGUACGGUCAUACCCUGCCACUGAACAGAUAGUGAAGCAUACUAAACCCAGUUCCCAUCUCAGUGUGCUUCAGAGAGGACACAGCAGUAGACAUCCCAACAUGAAACAGGAUCAGAAGCCUGGGCAGCCUUGUCUUAGACUCCAGACAUCAUGCCGUCUGCAAAAAUCAAGAGCCAUAAGCCAGAGGCCUAAUUUGACAGCUAGCAAAUUUAAUUCAGUCAUUCCAAGCACGCCUAACAUAAGAACAAAUAAAACACUUAACAAUAAGUACAAUAACAUCUUUCAACAGAAAGCACAGACAUUGGACUCCAAGUUCAAAAAGUUUCCUCCCCAGAGCCAUUUUUUGAACAAGACUGCUCCCAGGACUCAAGCCAGUACAGCAACUGCAAGUAGGAAAGGAGCCCCGAGUGUGACCCAGACUCACCCACGUGUUAAAAACCCAGGAGAAGAUCGGAGGAAACAGCUGGAAGAAUGGCAGAAAUCUAAAGGGAAAACCUAUAAACGGCCUCCCAUGAAAUUUAAAACAAAGAGAAAAGUCAUAGAGGAAAUGAACACUUCCUUCUGGAAGAACAUUGAAAGAGAAGAAGAGGAGAAAGCUCAGCUGGAGCUGUCCCAGAAAAUCAGCAGCACUCUGGCCGAGUGUCUGAGGCUCAUUGAAGAGGGUGUAUAUCCUAAUGAAAUAUUUACCAUAGUGUCCAGUAUUCCUGAGGCUGAAAAAUUUGCCAAGUUCUGGGUGUGCAAAGCAAAGUUACUGGCAAGUAAAGGCACCUUUGAUGCUGUUGGACUAUACAAAGAGGCCAUUCAGAGCGGGGCAGCACCAAUACAGGAGCUGCAGGAAGUUCUGAACACUCUGCAAGAUACAAGCAGAAGCACAGAAGCAGUCACCUCUGACACCUCAGCUACUGGAACUGAUACCACGUCUGCAGAAGAGCCAGCUGAGAUGGAGGAAGCUGAGCAGCCUUGCCCCUCUCUAACAGGAGGAGAGUGGGUUGCAGCAGCACCACAGAUACCCAGGGCAGAGUGGGAUAACCCGUGUAUCAAAUUACAGGUUGCCCCCAUCCCUAGAAUAUGCGGGAUGCCAGAAGUGCAAGACAUGAAGCUUAUCACUCCUGUGAGGCGCUCGGCAAGGAUCGAGCGAACGGUGGCUCGCUACCCAGAAAUGCUGCAGGAGCAUGAGGUGGUUGUGGCUUCUCUUAACGAGUUACUGGAAGUGGACAAAACAGAAUGCUUCAUCUUCCGUGAAAAUGAGGCUUUGCCUGUGACGAUGGGCUUUGAAAUCCCUGAAUCAUGAUCUUUUAAUAUUUGUGGGUUUUGUUUUGUUUUGUUUUUAAUUUUAAGUGAGGUUUUUUUUCAGAGCUUACAAGACAUAAAUGCCCUUGUCAAGAUAGCCUGAAAUAAAUGUGUGCUGAGAUACCACAAUGCAGAGGAUGGGCUCUGGGUCUCAGAAGUCAUGCACUGGGUUUGCUCUCAGAUUGUCUAUCCCAUGAGAAAACAUUUAGUUCACGAAUUUGUUAUAUACUUUAUGAUAGUUUUACAGCACACAUAAGUUUCAGAAUAUCAAAUAUUAAUUUAUCUCAAGUGUAAGAAUAAAAAAGCUCGCACUUUGCUGACAUGCUAUAAUCCUGUUGUAGUUAUUUGUUGUACCAAAGGUUUUACUGUGGGGUGACUGACUGACCUCAGCGUCCACCCUACCCUGAAGGCCAGGUUCCGAGAGUACAGAGAUCUGGCUUUUGAAACCAGUUCACCAGGCUGGAAAGUCAAACUCCACACAUUACAGAGAAGUUUGGGCUAGCCACAUCUUCACUCAGAUCCCAGAAGGUAUUUGUGGAAACCUUCAACUUCCAUCACAGUGACCCUAAAGAUGAGGGUAACGCUGUCCUCUCUGGGUGGGUUUUCUCUAGUGAAGCACAAUCCAGAAUUGAGGUGGCAGCCCAAGUUUUAUUUACAAUCCUCCUUUCACACUUGUUAUUGAGAAAUGCUUCAAGGAAAGACAAAUGUGGGGACAGAACUUGCUGCAUCCAAUCCUUUCCCUGCCAGAGGACUGGUAGCCUGAAGAGGCCCCGAGCUCCCCAGAGACUAUGGCAGGGGGUUUUUUUCUGCACCUUGGACAGUUGUUUUGUAAAUAUAACAUAUAGAAAAGCCUAGUUGGCACAUUUUUAAAUCUUAGCUUUGUUACUAUGAUUACUAAGUACUAAGUAAUACCUAAAAUAAAAACCAAUGAAUUCUGUUCA